AUGACGGUGGACAUUCUUCAGCUACUGGAUUUUUCUGUCAGCUUUAGAUGGUGGAGGAUCUCCCUGAGGAACGACCACCAUUUGAACAGACCUGGAGUGACUAAAGAAUGCUACGAAGACUUCUUGGAUGAUGUGAAUCUUCAUGUUCAAAUCGCCUUAAUAUUUGGUUCCAAAAUCCUGCAGUAUGUCAUCAAUCUAUGUAAAGGGAAAUAUGAUUUCCUUGAGCGGCUCUCUGACCCUCUGCUCCUGCGGAUCAUUUCUUACCUGGAUCUUGAAGACAUUGCCAGGCUCUCUCAAACAUCUCACAGAUUUCAAAAGCUUUGCACCUCCGACAAACUGUGGGAGCAGAUUGUGGCCUUGACGUGUGACACAGUCACCCGAGACAUGAAAGCCUUGGCCAGGGACAUUGGCUGGAGACAACUAUUCUUUACCAACAAACUCCAACUUCAGCGGCAGAUCAGGAAGAGGCGGCAAAAAAAUGAUGAUAAGGAGGUGCCGGUGGAGACCUAGGCAUCCCUGGGGCCCUGCCCCCUUUCCCCCACCCACCUACCCACUUCCCCACUGUUUGCCCGGGGUUUUCAUCAUUGUUUCAUUCUUUGGGACUUUCCUGAUUUGAGAACAGUGCAUUGGGAUUUUUUUUUUCUUUGCUGAUCAGAGAAGUUUUAAGAAGGUGUUGAGUUUCCAAACAGAAACCUAAUCAAAAUCUGUUAGAUGCUACCUAGCAAUACCACGGAGUCAGUCAAACUAUGGAUUGAAUCAUGACCUCCGACUACACAGCAAAACAUCAGAGAUCCCCAUCUCUUUCACUACAUGGCAGAAAGUCUCUGAGAUGAAUCUUUCCCUUAUCUCCCCAUUCCAUUAGCAUAAUGUGGUUCUAGUAGGCAUAAAUGAGCGAUUCAUUUGAUAAGCCUUUUAAAAAUAAUUCAUAAGAUGACUUUUGGUAGCCUGGGAAGGGUCAUUGACCAUUCUGAAUUUUUUUUCUUGCUCUUAAAGCCAGUCCUUGUGGGGAAUGCUAAAUAUUCCCGGACAGAAUACUGUAAAUGGAAGCCAAAAUAAACAUCAUGGGGUCUCUGCUUUCCUCUCUCCGCUUGACCCUCCCACCCCAAUGCUGCUUCUACACAUCUGUACUCUGACCCAGAGUUAGGUAAAUGAGCUGAUGUGUCUGUACACAAGAAGCACUCACUGAGUUGUCUCUAGGCUGAUAGGUAGUUACUUCCUUAAGUCACUUUGGAUGAUGUAAAGUCACCCUGAUGGUCACUUUGAGUGUCUGUCUGAGUGUGGAUGGGUGUAUAAGGGAGGGAGAGAGGAAUAACCCUGAAAGAUAAAAAGCCAGUUUUUGGCAGGAGAUGGGGAAAAGUGUGACCCGCCUUUAGACCCAAACAAUAACAUAAAUGUGCUGUGUAAACAUUUAAAUGAUUCAAAAUGCAAACACACAACUGUAAAUACAGACUGAACCAACUAUCCAUCUGAAAUGUUAACAGCAAAAGGUUUCAUUUGUAAUGUUUCCUCUUCUAAAUAGCAAUUGUGAGGUUUUGUCAUGCAUAAUAAUGAUGCACCUGGAUACCUAGAAAAUGUGAAAGUAUGCAAAAUCACUCUGAAAAGACAAAAAUGAAGAAAUCUGUCUGGUUUUUAAAUACAUUCAAUUUUCUUCCUUAUUAA